AAUGCCUUGCCAUUUUCUGAGCAAGCACGAAAUCACUUUGUGAAUUGCUCCUCCUCAUGUCGUGUCACAUCACGGUUCACAACUUCACAUGCCAAGAUGCGGUGCCGGGCAGAUAGAAACGGGCGCGCUCCAGCAGGAGCAGCAGUGCAAUCCUGCCAUCUUACCUGAGCCGCCUGACACGCACCCCCAUUAUUGACACUGACUUUCAAAAUCUGAUUGGGGAUCCUGCGCGAGGCCGAGGCCAGACCCUCCAUCUACACUUCUUUUCAUGCGCCUCUUUCCCUUUCUCUAGCUGCUAGCUUUGCCUUUCCCUUGGCCCCCUUCUGUAUCAUUUCCAUCUCCUUUCUUCCUCCUCUACUCUGCUUUGCUCUACUGCAAAUCAAUCCGCUACAAUGGUCGUAGGGUCAUGUGGUUGAUGUGCAUGGGGAUGAGGAGCCGCUGCUUUGAUUUUGAGGUGCCCGGCCCAAACAUGAUUCUGUGAUUAUUUUUCUGCACCAUUCUCUCUUGCAGCAGCCUUCCCUCUCACCGGUCUCGUGCAUCAUCAGGCUGUUGAAUCUCUGUAGAAGAAGGUGGGCAGCCCCCAAGGCCAAGCCCGCCCACGCUCUUUUUGUUCUCCCACCUUUUCCUUUUGUUCCUCCCCCUCUUGACCACUCCUCCCCUCCCCCCCACCACCAUUGCCCGACUGAGAUCUCCUCCCUUUAAGUAGAUACAGAGAGACGUCCUAUAUCCAAUUCCAAGCUAUAUUGCUCCUCCGUCUUGUAGGGUUCUUGCAUUUUGCACGAGAACUGGACGCAGGCAAACAGGCAGUUGAUGCUUCUUCUCUUCUUGGCUGCUGCAGGGAGGAAGUACCGCUAAAGAACGUGAUGCGAAUUCAGGGGCGUCACAUGCGCAUGGCGAGCAGAUAAGGGAGGGCACGGUGAACUCAGCGCCCGCAUUUCCCCUGCCUAGGCGGUGGAGCUAGCACAACUGAAGAACCGAGCCAAGAUCACGGAGGAGCCGUGCGAGCGAGCAAUCGGUCGUCUAGCUCGAUAGCCAUGAGCAGCUUCGCGGGGCAGCAGUCGAGGCCGUGGAUGGGGGACGCCGCCGCCGCCACCCCGUCGGGCGACGCGAGGGACGACGGCGCCUCCUCCAUGAAGGACAUCGGCUCCUCCACCAACGCCAGCGCCAUCUCCUUCGGCUUCGCCGCCACCGCCAUCCUCAUCGCCAUGUUCCUCCUCAUGGCCAUCUUCGAGCACCUCAUCAAGCCCGGAUGGGCGGCCUCCCGGGGCUCCCGCGACGACGGCGACGGCGACGUCCACGGGCGCCGCGCCCAGCCGCCGCACUCGCACCCCGGCAGGCACCCGCGCGACCACGGCUCGCCGGAGAAGCUCCCGCCUCCGCCCAAGAUGGAGGCCGUGGUGGCGGCGGCGGACCUGACGGUGGUGAUGCCGGGGCAGCGGUACCCGACGUUCCUGGCGCAACCGGCGCCCCUCCUGCUUCCUUGCACGAGAGAAGGCGUGCGUUGGCCGCCGCACCAUGACCACCGCCGCCCCUUUCUGCCGCCAUGACCGUCUUCAGGCGGAUACGUGCGUGUCUGUCGUGUUUGCCCGUGAUCUGUAUAGAGCUAGAGCGAGUGUAUGGUGAGAAACGCCGGAGUUGCUGGUAUGUGCGCGAAGGAAAAUGCUGGACUGAUGGUAGUAGAUGAGCAGCGUUCAGUUCAUGUCUA